UGUCCGCCUUGUUGCUGCAUCCCUCUCGCGUUGCAGUUUAUGUGGAUCACCACCAUAUUCUUACACAGGCACUGGAUUCACUGGAACUAGGUAUAUUUUCAAGAGAUCGUUUGCUAAAUAAAUCCACAUAUAGAUUUCCAAUAAGAAUUUUGAAAAAAAAAAAAAAAAAAAACAGAAGAAUAAAGCGUCCUACUUGCAACCUGUCAGUGCUGAUUUUGAAAAGAUAGCAACAGUAAGACCCAUUCUGUAGCAUCUAAUUCUCCCCCCAAUCUCCCUUCCCCGACAGACUGCAGCUGCUUCGUCAGGGAACAAUCUAAGCAACGUAAUGUCGGGGAUGAUGGAGCUUCAGCUGUGGCGCAGACUAAUCGGUUGCUUCCUGGGGAUUUUAGCCAUGAUCCUCGCAGGGAUCCCCGCUUUGGAAGCAGAAGAGGACUCGUCCCAGGACCUGGAGUGUAAAAUGAAGAGCGUCACCGUCUCUGCUUUGCCGUUUUUGAGGGAGAACGACUUGAGCAUCAUGCACAGCCCGUCCGCCUCGGAACCCAAGCUCUUGUUUUCUGUCAGGAACGAUUUUCCUGGCGAAAUAGUGGUGGUUGACGACCUGGAAAACACGGAGCUGCCCUUUUUUGUGCUGGAAAUUUCAGGCAGUGCUGAGGACAUCCCCCUGGUGCGAUGGAGACAGCAGUGGCUGGAGAAUGGAACUUUGCUCUUCCACAUUCACCACCAAGACAGCAGCCAAAAUCUACCAGGCAUGUCCCCUACAGACUACCCAUCAAACGAGUCUGCUGAGGAGGAGCUGCGCAUCCUGCACAUCUCUGUCAUGGGAGGGAUGAUUGCUCUUCUCCUGUCUGUCCUGUGCUUGGUUCUGAUUCUGUAUACUCGGCGCCGCUGGUGUAAACGCCGUCGGGUUCCUCAGCCCCAGAAGAGUGCCAGUGCAGAGGCAGCUAAUGAAAUCCACUACAUCCCCUCCGUGCUCAUGGGCGGCCAGGCCCGCGAGAGCCUGCGCAAUCCCCGUACCCAGUGCCACAACUCCACCCUCAGCAUCCGCGAGACCCCCAUCCUGGACGGCUAUGAGUACGACAUCACAGACCUGCGCCACCACCUGCAGCGCGAGUGCAUGAACGGGGGCGAAGACUUCGCCAGCCAGGUGACCCGCACGCUGGACUCCCUACAGGGCUGCAAUGACAAAUCCAACGUGGACCUCACACCCGGGAGUGACAGUACCAAGCUGUCCCUAAUGAGCAAGUACAAGGAUAACAUCAUUGCCACCAGCCCUGUAGACACCAAUCACCAGCAAACAACUCUGCUCUCUCACACCUCCAGUAACCAGCGCAAGCGCCUCUCAAACAAAACUAGAGCGGGGUCAGCAUUCCUUAACCCAGAAGGGGAUUCAGGGACAGAGGCAGAUAGUGAACCCCAGAUGACCUUUUACACUGACCCCUCGAGAAGCAGAAGACGCAGCCGAGGUUCUCCACGAAGUCCAAUCAAUAAAACGACCCUGACUCUGAUCAGUGUUGUCAGCUGUGUAAUUGGUUUGGUCUACUCAUCUCACCUCACCUGCCCCCUUAAUGUUCGUAUCAUUCUCCACGUGCCUGAGCACCUCAUUGCAGAUGGAAGCAGGUUUAUUUUACAACAGGGGAGCCAGCUGGAUGGCAGGGACUGGUUGAAUCCGGCUCAGGUGCUGCUCUUCUACCAGCAGAAUGCCAGCGGACCCUGGAUGACUGAACUCUGCGGCCGUCGCCUGCUUGACCCCUGUGAGCACCAGUGUGACGCUGAGACAGGUGAGUGUCAGUGCUUUGAUGGCUACAUGAGAGAUCCUGUCCACAAGCAUCUCUGCAUUCGGAAUGAAUGGGGACCAAAUCAGGGUCCUUGGCCGUACACUAUAUUCCAGCGUGGCUUUGACCUGGUGAUGGGGGAGCAACCUUCUGACAGAAUAUUUCGGUUCACCUACACUCUCGGUGAAGGGAUGUGGCUACCUCUUAGCAAGAGUUUUGUCAUCCCACCAGCCGAAUUGGCCAUCAACCCCUCUGCCAAAUGCAAAACAGACAUGACCGUAAUGGAGGAUGCUGUGGAAGUCAGGGAGGAGCUGAUGAUCUCCUCAGCCUUUGACAGCCUGGAGGUCCUGCUCGACUCGUUUGGGCCGGUGCGUGACUGUUCGAAAGACAAUGGCGGCUGCAGCCGGAACUUCCGCUGUAUCUCUGACCGCAAACUAGACUCUAGCGGCUGUGUGUGUCCUCCAGGUCUGAGCCCGAUGAAGGAUGGCACAGGAUGCUAUAAUCACCACAUUGGGAUUGACUGCUCCGAUGGCUUGAAUGGGGGGUGUGGGCAGCUAUGUCUUCAGCAGUUGGCACCCUUGGCUGAAGACUCUUCUCUCUACAACAUCCUUAUGUUCUGUGGUUGCAUUGAAGACUAUAAGCUGGGGCCUGAUGGACGGUCCUGCCAGCUCCUUUCUGAGUCAUGCACUGAAGGCCUAGACUGUGGAGAACCGGCCGACAUCCCAGCCAACCAGACCGUCUUUGGGGAACUCUUUUACGGCUACAAUAAUCACACCAAUGAGCUCACUUCAGGACAGAUCCUAAAGGCGACUUUCAGACAGAAGAAUUUUGCCCGUGGGAUUGAGAAGCAGCUACCAGAUGCCAUGGUGGUGGCGUCAGUCCCGACAAAGGUCCAGUGCCAGGAGGAGCUGUCUGACCCAGUGCCUGACCCUGAAUACCUGACAGGUAUGGUAAAUUACAGCGAGGUGUCUGGCUAUCCCCUGGUUCAGCAGUGGAAACUGAAAUCCAUUAUGUAUCACGUCAGACUCAAUCAAUGGACACUUUCACAGGCCUUCAAUGCUGCAGUCCAUUCCUUGGAUGGAGCCACCCUGCGGAGUGAUUAUAUAUCUGUCCUAAAGGACUUUGGCAAUCAUUUUGUCCAGGAGGCUGUCUAUGGGUUUGAGGAGAUGUGCACUAUUUGGUACCCCAAUAAACAGGUUCAGAGACAGUUAUGGGCAGAGUACCAAGACAUCAGCAAAGGGAAUUCUCCUUCUGAUGAAUCUGAAGAAAGAGAAAAGGAACCCAAGACCCUCACUUUCCCAGCAUAUAUUGCCAGCCUAUUCGAUUCGGGUGCCAAGCGAAUGGCGGCAGGUGUCCGGAUGGACUGUGGAAGUCAGGGUCAGUGCCCCUCGUCCUGUCACCUGUGUCACAUGAGCCCUGGGACGGGACGCUCCAUGGAGCCAGUGCUGCUCCAGAUCACUAAGACAGCACCACUGUAUGAGCUGAUCUCCAACAAUGAAACCCAGAGGGCCCUGCAGAAAGCCAUGAUGAGCAUGCUGUGGUGCUCGGGAAGUGGUGAAGUCAUCAAUGACUGGUGCAGGUGUGACUCCAGUGCUUUCGGAGCAGACGGACUUCCUACCUGUGCAGCCCUUCCACACCCUGUGUUAAAGUUAUCUCAUGUGUAUGAACCAAGCAGCUCAUUGGUUGUCUUGGAAUGGGAUCACACAGAACCACCAAUUGGGGUGAGGAUUGUUGACUACCUCAUCAGCCAGGAGAAGGUGACGGAGAGGACAGACCAUUCGAAGGUGGAGACAGAAGCCAUGCUGAGUUUUGUGGAUGAUAUCCUUUCUGGCACCAAGUCACCCUGUGUGAUGCUGGGAGGGAUCCCAGACCAGCUGACCUCAUCCAUUAGCAUGAUAAUCCGUUGCUUGGAGCCUGACACAACCUACAUGUUUCGGCUCUGGGGAGUGGAUAGCACAGGCCGCAGGUCCAGGCCGAGUGAAGUGACAAUCAAAACACCAUGUCCGGCAGUGGAUGAUGUGAAAGCACAAGAAAUAGCUGACAAGAUCUACAACCUGUUUAAUGGUUACACCAGUGGAAAGGAGCAACAGACAGCCUACAACACCCUGAUGGACCUGGGCUCUCCCAGCUUGCAUCGCGUCCUCUACCACUACAACCAGCGGUACGAGAGCUUCGGCGAAUUCACUUGGCGCUGUGAGGAUGAGCUAGGGCCCAGGAAGGCUGGGUUAAUCCUGUCCCAGUUAGAUCACCUCAGUGGCUGGUGCAGUGGCCUGCUUCAGGAGCCGAAGAUCGGUCUGCGCAGAGUCUCUCUGAAGUAUCUUGCCUGCCGCUACACUGACACAAAAUCCUUUGGUCUCAACUGGGUUGACCUGAGCCUCGACAUCAAGAAGGCCUCUGAAGAACAGGUGCUCUCGGUGCUGUAUAAUGACUACGGAGAGCUCAAGGUCCUCUGAAGAGCAGACUUUCUUGGGCUGAAUAGAUGAAGGAUUGCCAAACAUUACUUGAGUCUGAGGGUACAUGUCUGGAUUACAUUUUCCCUGAAACAAAUCUGCUCUAAUGUCUCAAGUUCCUUAACACAGUUACACAUAACUAGAUUAAAGUAUCAUGUGCUGACUCAGGUUUUUGUUUUUAGAUGUUUGGUUUCCCAUCUACAUCCCAGCAUUGCUUCAAAAUAACAACCAGGGACAGAUUUCAGAACCCAAUGCAACACGUCAAUAGGUCAUCCCUCCUAUGUUAAACUCACUGCAGUCUGAGACUUGGGAUUUAUUGGAAGAUGUUUUGGGGGUGAAUAAAAGUCUUAUAAUCAAUCCCAAAAAUGUAAAUAAUAUUCUAAUUGACUAUUUCAUUUUCUUCAAAUGUUGAUUGUAGCGCUUAACUUUAGAGGUAAAUUGUGUUUAUGACUGUUGUUUUUAUAUAACAAACACAUAACAGUGUUAACUUACCUGAGGGUUAUAUACAGUAAGCUGCAAGAUGUGUCCUGCCGUGCAUUGAGUUUUAAAGCUUGUCAACCUCAAUAAACUUUAAACUAACAGUUAAUUUAUUUAAUUGAGUGCUAAUUUAUUCCAGUUUAAUUUAGUUAAGAUUUAGACUUAGGCUAGAGUUGUAAAUGUACUGUUAUGAUACAGAUUUAAAGUAAUAGAAUACUUUGUUAAAAAUAAAAAUAAACUUGCAACUCAGAUGAUAAGAUAAACUCCUAAUAUUGCCAUGAAAGCAAACCCCUAAUAGCAAAUCUUGCAAGUUGUAGUUUUUUCCUUCCUUCUGAGCCAGUAGUUCCCAAAAUGUUUUUGCUGCCCCCCCACCUCAGUGAUAUUUUUUUUGCUCCCUACCCCCUCCCCCCCCUCAAUAAACAGUAAAAUAAAAUUAGAAUAUUUAUUUAAGGUGGGUACACCUUAUUACAAUCACAAUUCGUAAUUGUAUUGACACCAAUAAAAAAAUUGUCACUUAGAUGUUGUGCUCUCGUUUUCUCGCUCUUCGUUCACUUGAAAAAGUAAGGACAUUGGAGGAUUAAAAAGCCCAUUAAUCCCGAUUUUUACUAUUAUUAUUACAGUAUUGUUAUUACAGUAUACCUGUGACUAGCAUUUAAAUAAUGUUAAUGCAAUUAUAAAUAGUAAUUGUAAUGUUAGUCCAGCUUAUUGUUUUUAUUCUAACUUUAUUAAAGAUUUUAUUAAAAAAUAGUUUAAUAAAAUGUUGCACCCUCGUUUGCUCGUUUUCUAAUUCGUUUUUUAAAUCAGCAAAUCAUGUAAAUUAAACUAAAUGCUACCCCCCCCCCCCCCCCCCCAUUUAUAAACUGAAGCUGUAUCUAAAUCAAAAUUUAUAUUUUAUUUUAUUUAUGAACAAAAUGUAUCUGAUAUUAAAACCCGGGGACACUUUAUUUUCAAAUGAAGGCGGGCUGGGCAAUAGAGGCGCUUGGCUACAAUAGGCCUCAGACGACAGAAACUCUGUGGACAGGGGUUGGUCAGAUUAAACAUGAUUUCUGGCUAGAGAUAGCCACUGAGUCUGCCAUUUACCGUGGAGCUUUUACAAUCGCCAUGAAGUCAGAAAAAUUUAUUUUCCAGUCAGGUCUUGGCAAAAUGUUGGUACUCCGCCAUCUUUCUAGAUUUCUUUAUCAUGCACUGCUUUUUGCUACAGCACGUGGGUAGACUAGAUUAAUUGAUCAGUGAUUUUUUUAAUUGAUCAACACCCACAGGCAUGAUUAAUCGAUUAGAUUAUUGUGAGAACAAUUACAAUAGGUUGUUGAUCUCAGAGUUAUAGAUUAUUAAGUCAAACGAUGCCACAGUAAUGCAAUAUUGUGAUAUAUGGGCCAGUAAUGAAACCUCAGCGAAAAUAAAACUGUACUCUUCAAAAAGCAUGCUCUCCCAUUUAAUUAUGUACAUGUGUCAUGGUUUUAAUCUUCAUACUCAAAUGUAUACAUUGUAUUAUUAGAUGUGCGUUCGAGUUGCUGUUUCAAAUCUUUUGACUCUAAAAGUGUAGAUUGUAUUUUUAUCAGGUUUUUUAGUCAUGUUAUUGUUUGUCUGGAUUCCAUUUAGUUGAGUACUAUGAGAAUAAACAACUAGAGUGCAUUUGUUUUAAUCUAACUUUUAAUUUGUAAUGUGAAUGGUAAUGAUUGCAGAAGAAAGUGAUAAUAUCUUUAGGAAUCAAUUAUACAGCUGUAAAAAAUGAUGAAGCCAUCUACAUUCAUGACGCUCACAUGAAUCAUCGGAUGGGGAUUGUUUUUAUAGAUAUCUUUUUAAAUUUGCAUGUGUAACAUUUUGUAAAGUCUGGAUUAACUGAUGUGUGCUAGAUGUAUACCAGAUGUACCCUUCACCUUUUCAAUUGUGUUCUUUGAUAUUUAACAUGAUAACAAAAAUAAUGUAAUCUGAAAGAACUAUGUUAUAUUGUCUAUAUCGUAUGUACUUGUGGUAUUGCAGUAAUGUCCAUUCCACAACAAUACAAAUUGUCUUAAAUCAAUGGUAUUUUAUCCAGUUUGUGCCAAAUUCUUCAGCCUAUCCUUCUCUUUUAAAUGAUGCUCCUGUAGGGAGUUUUGUGCAAAACUUCAUGGCAUAAAGUGUGAUUGCAUGCUAAGAUACUGUAACUGUGUUCUUCUGUACAUUCUCUUAAUAUACUUCAAUACAGCUUCAUAAAUUGGUCUGGCAUAGUCUGCAUGUAGGCUAUUGCGCUUCAGAAACUCCUUCAAUAUAUUACCUAAGGUACCCAAGUACAGGUUAUUAUAUAUAAUAUUGUUUUGUGGUUUCUGUAUGCAAGAUGACCAAAUACUUUUUUGACUGGCUCUUCACAAGUGCGGUCCAAAUGGACUCUUAGUGGCAUAGGGCAGAGAGAAAUAAUGAAAAGUAAUGAGCUCUGAACUUCCAAUCUGUUUUGAGGUAAUUAGGCUGCUCAGGUGCUCAGUUGCUGUAAAUACUUUUUCAGUGAGGCACAGUCUUCAGAGCAGUGUUUAAACAGCAGGAAAUACAUUUUCUCAGUGAUGCCUGUUUCAGUUGGCCAGCAAGAAGGCCUGAAAGGAGGCAGUGGGGGACAGCUUUAUUUAGAGGAUUACAGUGAGCAGGAAGAAUGCUACUUUGAUCAUAAAUAUUUUUCAAGGAAUAGUUACAUCAUUUGAUUCUCUACUGUCAUUCCCAGGACAACUGAGAUAGGGUAUGACAAAGGCCCAAUUAGACUUUCCUAACCUGUAAACCACUAGCCAAAGAUAGAAAAUAACUACUGUAUGUUCUAGCUAUGGGUGCUUUGAAUCAAGACAAAACAAUAAAAGGGCAUUUCAUACAUUGUUAAUACAGGUGCAAUACAGUUUAUUAUUGUAUACAUUUUUUUUAACAUGUUAGUAUUCAUCCAUGUUAAAAUAUAUUUCCAAGUGACCAGUGUAUUGUAUGCUUUAUUUAUCCUGUACACUCAUAGAACAUAGAAUUGCAGAACCUUUAUAGUUACAAAAAAAAAAAUAAUAAUACAACAAUAACAUCAUUUGGGUUUAAAUUUCCAAGAUUCAAAGUCAGUACUUUUGUAUUUGUUUUUAUGUUCUUGGUUCUUAAGAAAUAAACAAAUGCAUAAGUAGUACCGUGCCUUUUACUGGACCAACAAAGGUAAUGAAGUACACACAUUCUAGGGUCCACAAAGAAACUUGAGUAGUCCUUGUCUGGGCGUUUGUGUAAUCUUUGUUUGUCUAAUUAAGCAGUGAAACCCAAUGACAGAAUCACUGUACUUUCCAGCCACUGACAAAGUCACACACACACACACACAC